CAUUUAUCUAUAUCUCUGUACUAUCUCUCUCUCUACCUCCUUACGUAGACAAAACCUUAUCUUUUAUUUUAUUUUAUUUCCAAAACUCCUAACUACCCAAUAAAAACACACCACGUUGCACAGACUCCCUCCUUCCUACACGUUUCAUCAAAUAACUGGGCAUCACACCACUUCAAGAAACAUAGCCGUUAUUCAAUUCCUACCCUUCUUCCUCCAGCUAAUAUCCAACAAAACCAAGCCCAUGAUUUUAAUUUCUCACUGACUUGUACUUUGUCUUUUCCCUCCUCGUUUUCUCUCCCUUUCUCUCUCGCCGGCGGCCACCGGAUAUCAGUGUUCGCCCGCCGGAGAGGAAACUACUAUUAUUCGGAUUCAAGAUAAUGAAGGUUUUUGUAAAGACUUUGAAGGGUACCAACUUCGAGAUCGAAGUUAAACCUGAAGAUACGGUGGCUGAUGUUAAGAAAAACAUAGAGAGUGUACAGGGAGCGGAUGUUUAUCCAGCGGCACAACAGAUGCUAGUUUAUCAAGGGAAAGUACUCAAGGAUGAUACAACAUUGGAUGAAAAUAAAGUUUCUGAAAGUAGUUUUUUUGUUGUUAUGUUAAGCAAGAGUAAGGUUUCAUCUGGUGGAACCUCAACUGCACCCGCUGAACCACCAAGCCAAAGUAAGGUUUCAUCUGGUGGACCCUCAACUGCACCGGUUGCACCACCAAGCCAAGCCCCACCUGCGACUUCCUUGCCUUCUAAUGUGACACAACCAUCAAUAACAUCUCAAGCUCCUGUACCAGCUGCUGCUUUGCCACAAUCUGCUGCUGAAUCCAGUCCUGCUGUAGUUACUUCAGCUCUCAGUUUAGAUACAAACAUGUAUGGGCAAGCAGCAUCAAAUCUCGUUGCAGGAAGUAAUUUAGAAGCAACCAUUCAAGAGAUUCUUGAUAUGGGUGGAGGAGACUGGAACCGAGAAACAGUUGUUCGUGCUCUACGUGCUGCAUUCAACAACCCUGAACGAGCUGUUGAUUAUUUAUACUCUGGUAUUCCAGAGCAAGCUGAAGUUCCACCAGUUGCCCCAGUUGUCCAAGGUCCAGCAAGUGGCAACGCUGCGAAUCCUCCAGCUCUGGCUCCACAACCAGUUGUGGCUCCUAAUAGCGGUCCGAAUGCAAAUCCACUAGAUCUCUUUCCACAGGGCCAUCACAGUACAGGUUCUAAUGCUGGUACAGGCAACUUGGAUUUUUUACGCAAUAGCCAACAGUUCCAAGCCUUGCGAGCUAUGGUGCAAGCAAACCCUCAAAUCCUACAGCCGAUGCUUCAGGAGCUUGGGAAGCAAAAUCCAUACCUGAUGCGUCUCAUUCAAGAGCAUCAGGCUGAUUUCUUGCGCUUGAUAAACGAACCUGUUGAAGGAGAGGGGAAUGUGCUGGGCCAAUUGGCCUCUGCAAUGCCACAAGCAGUGACUGUCACCCCUGAGGAGCGCGAGGCAAUUGAACGUCUUGAAGCAAUGGGCUUUGAUCGAGCCAUAGUAUUGGAGGUGUAUUUUGCAUGCAACAAGAAUGAAGAACUGGCGGCCAACUAUCUAUUAGACCACAUGCAUGAAUUCGACGAAUGAAACAAGUGUUCCCCGUGUCUAGUUGUGUGAUAUCUCAAACUGUUUUACCUUGUGGAACCUCGUGAGCAGAGACAGUCAAAAUGUUGAUGUCCCCAUUUUAUCCAUGGACAAACAUAGCACCUUCUGCUUUCGUUGUUUUGAAUAUUCAGCCAUCAUAAUAUCAUAAAUGCAUAAUUGUGUAACUGUGUUUAUGGGAA